GCGAGGAAUAACUGUUUAUGGAAAGCCAUUGAUCGCUGCAAAAUAUAUUUUCGUGGAACCACAUUUAAUUUUUCUGAGCUUUAAAAUGCUGAAACGUGAUCUGCAGAGCAUCACAUUGAAGCUGUCGGAUCUCAAGGAGUACGACGCGAAGCGCCUUGAGCACAAAUUUAAGAACCAGCGCCCCAGAUGCUCCGUGGAAACCAUCACCGGGGACGACGCGUCCACGUCUGGCACGGCAACUUCCAGCUAUACAGCUGGCACGUGCACAGAGACGCCCUCCACUGGCUCGACCACACCAACGCUGGCUAGUCAGGAGGAUCUGGCUGAUCGCCCGCCCCGACCCACAUCUGCGGCAGCCACAGCCACAACGGCGACCACGAAUUCCGGCUCCACCGACGAUGAUAUUAGCGUGGCGGCCGUGGCCGAUGACAACGACACCAUCGAUGAGCUCAGCGACGACAACUGGGUCGACAUGGAUGCGGACACUAACGACGAGGAGGGGGCAAGAGGAGGAGGCUAGACUGGCAUUCCAAAAUUCAAGAUCGAUUCUCACACCUAUGCAGAGGGUAUUUAUGCAUUGUCCAGAUGUUUGCAGCGCACCGAAUGCGAGGGUUGCGUUACAGGGUUACACCUUAACACAGACAAAUGUAUGCAUGCAAAAUGCUAGCAAAAUAAUAAAGCCUUUGUGAGAACAUAAAUGGUGUGAGGCUAUAU